AUGACCACGAUUGCGGACCUGUUUACUAAAUAUAACUGCACCAACUGCCAGGACGACAUCCAGGGCAUUCGUGUGCAUUGUGCAGAGUGUGAAAACUUCGAUUUAUGCCUGCAAUGCUUCGCGUCCGGGGCAGAGAUCGGAGCCCAUCAGAACAAUCAUGCCUACCAGUUCAUGGACACGGGCACCUCCAUACUGAGUGUGUUCCGUGGCAAGGGAGCAUGGACAGCCCGCGAGGAGAUUCGUCUGCUGGACGCCAUCGAGCAGUACGGCUUCGGCAACUGGGAGGACAUCAGCAAACACAUUGAGACCAAGUCGGCGGAAGACGCCAAAGAGGAGUAUGUAAAUAAAUUCGUCAAUGGCACAAUUGGCCGUGCUACCUGGACGCCGGCCCAGUCGCAACGACCGCGUCUCAUCGACCACACAGGUGAUGAUGAUGGUGGUUCGCUGGGUGCCAGUGCCAUGGCCAAUCUGCCACCUCUGGAGAUCAACGCCGACGAGGCGGCGCAGCUGGGCUACAUGCCCAACAGGGACAGCUUUGAGCGCGAGUACGAUCCCACCGCCGAGCAGCUGAUCUCGAACAUUACGCUCAGUUCAGAGGACACGGAGGUGGACGUUAUGCUGAAGCUGGCUCACGUAGACAUUUACACGCGACGCCUCCGCGAACGGGCCCGCCGCAAGCGAAUGGUGCGCGACUACCAGCUGGUCUCAAAUUUCUUCCGCAACCGCAACUAUGCCUUGCACCAAGGCCUCACCAAGGAGCAGAAGGAGUUUCGGGAUCGGUUUCGCGUCUACGCCCAGUUCUACACUUGCAACGAGUACGAGCGCCUGCUGGCCUCCCUGGAGCGCGAGAAGGAGCUGCGGAUCCGGCAGUCGGAGCUGUAUCGCUAUCGCUACAACGGUCUCACAAAAAUCGAAGAAUGUGUGCACUUCGAGCAGCACGCGGCAAUGGCAUCGCACCGAUCCACAGGACCCUAUGGUCAUGGCAAGACUGACCUCACGCAGCCCUCCAAUGGAAAUCUUCGGCCGCCAAGCUCUUCCUUGCUCUCCCCACAACCGAAUCUCAGAAAGGCCGAAAUGUCAAGCGGCGCCGAGGCAAGCUCAAGUUCAAUCGCACCAAGAAACACGCACCACACCGUCGACCCGACCUGCUCCGACGGAUUAUCGCACAGCAGAAACUACUUGGAUAACUGUCGGGUAUCGUCGGCAGCUACGACGCUGCCGACAACAACAACAGGGGCGGGGAUGGGGAUGGGGACGGUGACGGGGACAUCAUUGGAAUCGGGCAUAACAGCGACGACGGGAGCGAUUUCCACGGCUACGACGAUGGCAGCGCAGGCGAAUCUGCCAACGACAUCAGCGAAGGGAAGCCCACAACUUCAGCAGCAGCAGCAGCAUCCACCACUGUCCAAAAACAACCAGCUACUGCAUCCAAACGAGGUCGUCGGCAGCAGCGGAAGCCAUAACACUUCCGAGGAGCAGGCGGUGCCCAGCAUGAGCUUUAAGUUACGUUCACAACUGGAAGAGCUUAAACACCUGCCCCAGCCGCUGGGCAGCAAUCUGCUGACCCACAACGAGAAGGAUUUGUGCAAGAAACUGAAUAUAACACCUACCACCUACCUCUCCCUGAAAACCGUCUGUCUGAGUGGAGCGCCAUCGUUGGGCAGCCCCAUGGAAAUUUCGCUGCGCAAGUUCUUUAUCAAAUGCGGCUGGCUGAGCCAUUGAAUGCCCCUUUUGAACCGCCACCACCACCGCCCCCGCCCUAGAAUCGAAUGGUAAGUAAAACGCUUCACACAUUUGCUGACUUAGGGACUUCACUUUUAUUUUGAAAGCGACGUUUAGUAAUAAUAAAAAAGACAACAAUUUUCGACUGUUCCAACUUGUGUUGCCAUCAUAAAAAAAAAACAACAAAAUAUAUCUCACUUGUAUCAAGUCAGGCUCAGACACUUCAGGACACUUUUGUGUCCCCCGCCCCACCCCCCAUUCAAUUAGCUAAAAGUUUGUUACUUCGUGUGAGAGAUGGUGUCGUCUCUAGUGUAAGCGCCCGAUCAAGGUUCAGAUCUUUUGUAUUAUCUAUGCGUAAGUAGGCCACACCCCCAACCAAUUAAACAUUGUAUAAAGAUAAUGAAAUUGAAAAUGAUGAAAUAAAUGUAUUGCAAAUGUGCAACAAUGAAUUUCUAUGUAUAAUCGCAAAGCUCUCAGCUGCCAACGGACUGCCCAUACUAGGAUACAUGUUUUUUUACGGAUGUUCUGUCCGUGCUUAUGUUUUUUUUAAUUUAGAGUCCGCCAAAUCGUUAGUGUAAGUCUCGAGCAACAUGUUUGUUACGCUGAGUAUUCAUAUUUGUAUCUUACUGAAUGAGGAUGAUGAUAUAUCCUAGCAUAAGCUCGUCCAAUUUAGCACCCCAUCAAAUAACAAUAUGUAACCGUAUACCUACAAAAAUAAAAUAUAUUUAAACUGA